AUGUCUGUUCCAUUUGGUGUUGAUUUAGGUAACUAUAGUACGGUUAUUGCUUGUGCUAAGAACAGAGGUAUUGACAUUGUGGUCAAUGAAGUCUCAAAUAGGUCAACUCCUUCUCUAGUUGGGUUUGGUCCCAAGUCGAGGUAUCUUGGAGAAUCGGCAAAAAAUCAACAAACCUCGAAUAUCAAGAACACCGUUGAGAAUUUGAAGAGGAUCGUUGGGUUGCCACAUAACCAUCCAGAUUACCAGAUUGAAGAAAAAUACUUUACUGUUCCUUUAGUGAAAAGUAAGCAAAGUCACGGAGGCGUUGGUGCAAAAGUCAAAUAUUUGAACAAAGACCACGAAUUUAGUGCCACUCAGUUAUUGGCUAUGUACUUGAGCAAGAUUAAGGACACAGCUCACAAGGAGACUAAGGGUAACAUUACUGAUAUUUGUUUAUCCGUUCCAGGUUGGUACACCGAAAAGCAACGUCGUGCAGCAGCAGAUGCAUGUAGAAUUGCCAACUUAAACCCAGUGAGAAUCGUCAAUGAAAUGACUGCUGCCGCUGUAGGAUACGGUGUUUUCAAAGCUGCUGAGUUACCAGAAGACGAGUAUAAGAAGGUUGCCUUUGUUGAUGUUGGUCACAGUUCUUAUCAGGUUUCCAUAGCCGCUGUUAAAAGAGGAGAAUUGAAGAUUCUUGGUGCCGCUUUUGAUAAGCACUUUGGUGGUAGAAACUUUGACUAUGCUAUUGCUGAACACUUUGCUGAGGAGUUCAAAACCAAGUACAAGAUUGAUGUUAGAGAAAAUCCAAAGGCAUUUUACAGAGUUUUAACUGCUGCCGAAAAAUUGAAAAAAGUUUUGAGUGCAAAUACCCAAGCUCCUCUCAAUAUUGAAAGUGUUAUGAACGAUGUAGAUGUUUCUUCAUCAUUAACUAGGGAAGAGUUGGAACAAUUAGUCCAGCCAUUAUUGGAGAAAUUGCACGUUCCAGUUGAGUCUGCUUUGAAAGAAGCUGGUUUGAAAGCAAGCGAUUUGGACUCAAUUGAAGUUAUUGGUGGAUCAUCGAGAAUUCCAGCAGUUAAAGAUGCCAUUUCCAAAGUUUUUGGUAAACCCUUAUCUUUUACUUUGAAUCAAGAUGAAGCUAUUGCAAAAGGUAAUGCUUACAUCUGUGCAUGUCAUUCACCAACUGUUAGAGUUAGACCAUUCAAAUUUGAAGACUAUAACCAGUAUACCGUGUCGUACUUCUGGGACAAGGAAGAUAACGAAGAUGAAGACCAUUUAGAAGUCUUCCCCAAAGGUGGUUUGUUCCCAUGCACUAAGAUCAUUACAUUGUAUAGAAAAGGUCCUAGUUUUGAUGUUGAAGCUAAAUAUACCAAGCAUAAGGAAUUACCAAAAGGUACAGAGCAUAAUAUUGCCAAAUGGAAAAUUGGCAAUGUUAAUCCAGGUGCAAAUGAACCAUCGAUUGCAGUUAAAUUGAAGUUGAGAAAUGAUCCAUCAGGUUUUUACACUAUUGAAUCAGCACAUACUGUUGAAGAACAAAUUGUUAAAGAAUUGAUUGAGCCAACACCUAAAGCCAAAGACGAGGGUGAAGACAAAGCCAAAGGUGACGGUGAGAGCAAAGGCGAAGGCGAAGGAGAAGAUGAAGACAAUGAUGAAGAUGAAGAACCACAAUAUAGGGAAGUUAAGAAACUAGUUAAGAAGGAUGAAUGUACAAUUGAUGUUCAAUGUGCAGCAUUACCAGAACCUCAAUUACAGAAAUAUAUUGAAGAAGAAGCACAAAUGAUUAUGGAGGAUAAAUUAGUUGCUGAUACCGAAGAGAGAAAAAACCAAUUGGAAGAAUAUAUUUAUGAGUUGAGAGGUAAGUUGGACGACCAGUAUAAGGAAUUUGCAUCUCCACAAGAAGUUGAAAAAUUGAAUGGUUUAUUGGAAAAAGCAGAAGACUGGCUUUAUGGAGAUGGUGAAGAUUCAAGCAAGGCCAGAUAUAUUGCCAAAUAUGAGGAGUUGGCAUCAAUUGGUAAUGUUAUUCGUGGUAGAUAUUUAGCAAAAGAGCAAGAAAAAAAGGAACAGUAUCGUCAAAAGCAAGAAGCCAAACAAGCUGAAGCAAUGGCUGAAAAAAUGGCUGAAAAUAGGAAAAACACAAAGUCCGAAGACAAGGAUGCCGAAGGAGACACUAAGAUGAAAUAA